GAAUUCCCACCCGUCACCUGGUUCUCACUUCCGCCCUAUAGACACCCGGUUGGCCAUUAUCGAAGAAAUGUCUGACAACAAAGGAGAUAGGGGAGCCGCUGUCUCUGCCCCUCCCCCUCCCCCUCCUCCUCCUCCCGAAGAUCCAAGCUCGAAAGUCGCCCCGUUUGUCAAGAAGCUGAGAUCUGCUCCUCCCGGCUAUUUCUUCCAACCUGAACGGCCACCACCUCAUAGAGAUCCAUUUGCUGCGCCGACGGGCCCUUACUUCUUCUACGGCACACUGUCUGAUCCCGCUAUGCUCCGCGAUGUCCUUGGCUUGGAAACCGAGCCACAACUUCGGCCCGCCACCAUGAUAAGCUACGACUGCAAGCUAUGGGGCCAGUAUCCAGCUCUUCUAGAUGCCCCAGGAAAGGUGGUUCAUGGGGCUGUCUACCAUGUCGAAACAGAAGAGCAUGCGGAGAGGCUCGCCAGCUAUGAAACGGAUAAUUAUCGGGCCGAUCCAUGUCACAUCGACUAUACCGACGGCAAUGAGCCCGUCGAGGACUUGGGUUAUUGUUUUGAAUUUGUCGGGAAUGUCAGAGACUCGAGUGACGGCAGCUUUGAUCUGGGGACUUGGCUAAGAAGAGUGAAGAGGGUGGUUGAGGACUCAUCAGAUGUCAAGUAG